AUGGGCCGCGACCAACAUUCAUCGCAGAUACGAUAUAGUACAUACAUAAAGAAGCCGGCGCCAGUCUAUUGUGUUGCCGGUCAAAACACCAUCCCGCUUCACCCGACCAUCGCAUCCAGAAAACCGGGUCCCGUCGGCCGAAACAAAUUGGGCGCAAUUGCAGAUCAGCCGACGGCCUCCACCGCGACGCGGUACGAUGUGCAUCGGCCGGCAUUCUCGUACCACUACCAUGUCACGGCCCACGACAGCAAACAGACGCUCUACCACUGCAACAUCACUCGGUUCACGAAGAGCUGCACGCCCAAUCUCGUCCUCCACGCCGGACGAGACAAGGCCGCGCCGCCCGUGGCACUGGCCCAUAUUCUCCAGUUUUCACAGAGCUUCAAGAUCGGCUUCAAGAGCUGCGCCGACGAGGACGCGGUGGGAGUCUGA